CAUCCCCACACAUGCACGUGCAGUAAUUGUAAAGCAAGAUUCGGAGACUGUCGACAAGUAUACAACGUUAAAAUCAUGAUGUAACUCGGCUGAAUAAGUUGAUGUUAGUAGAUUGUAAUUCCUGGCCUAAAGUAUGCUACCACGAUUAAGGAUUCGGAUACAUGAUACAAACAUGGCUGAUACUCAUAGCUAUCUACUGAACACAAUCUAUUGACAGACUGAUAUGUUACUUCUGUGAAGGUCGGCGACUGUUUACUGCCACAGAUCAAGUUCACUACUCAUACCUGAUACAAAACUCAACCUAAACUAGACAGGAAGCUCGUAAAUACGGAUCUAAUAACUUGUCAGUAAGUAACGAACAGUGUGGUUCUAUAUGUUUUCGCAUGCCACGAUUUAACAGAAAUAGUGUUUCCUGACGCUAUAUGAGACGAAGUGUGAUGAGACGCUUAAGAUCCUGGUAUUUACCCUCUAUCUGGCUAUUGGUGUGGCUGGUAGUAACACCAGGGCAUGCUGCGAAAGAUCUGUGCUACUCUGCGGGUGGAGUGGCGGGGAUCGUGGCUGCAACUCUCAUAGCCACAGUGGUAUUUUGUUGCCUGGCUGUUGUCGCAGUAUGGCAUUUCUGGAAGCGUAGAAAAGAUACCAACGAUUUUUAUCGGCCCAUUGUAUUUCCAGUUGGUGGACUCAACUCACAGCCUCUUGGCACGCGAGAGCAGAAACAAGGCGGAACCAGCAAAUACGCCUUUGAUAACCCAUACUUUCGACAUGACGAAAUCAAAGGAACGACACGAGGAUUAAAAGCUGGGUCAAUGCUUGAUGAAGUUUAUACUAACGAGGAUAAAGUUUUUCCCUCAAAAGUCACGAAACCUAGGAUAUCCAAACCGAACCAGUUAUCGGAUAACUCUCAGAAACAAAGAGCAGUGGACGAUACUUGUGUCGGCCUGAAGCUGGAAAGAGUUUUGGUGCCAUUACGAGGACACGACUUUACGGGAUUAGGUUUCAAUAUAUGUGGAAAUAUGAGAGACGGAAUAUUCGUUAAAGACGUUCUUAAUAGAGGCCCUGCCAAUGAAUCUGGAAAGAUCAAAGCAGGUGACCGAAUUGUAAACGUGACAGUAUCAUUUACCAGCAUAGUGUACGAGGACGCUUUGACCAUUCUCAGUUAUGCUUCCCCUUAUGACGUACAGCUAGAAAUAGAGAAAACUUCAGAAGUAGCUCAACCUAUAGUUGGAACUAAUGCAGGUCGGCGUCAAGGGUCAUCUAGCUUCAAUCGACAAAGACUUUUCCACCCCUUGUAUCGCAGUCAGUCUAUUGACGACCUCACAAGAAUUGGAAAGGACUCUCACGGUCUUGCACCAAAACGUUCUCAUACAAUUGGUUUAUUGACACACAGAAGAAAUUCGCAAUUUACUAGCAAAGAAAAUGAACUGAUGAACACAAACAGUGGCCGUUCAAUGUCUGUAACAACAGGUUCACUGAAUGAAAAAAUGUUGGCAAACGCAACAAGAAAAAAUGAACAUUUCUCAAAACAAUUAUCUACGAGAUCGUACCAAAGAAGCAAAAGGAGUUUGUUACAGGAGAAUGAAGUUGUUGCUUUUUCCAAAGAACAUUUUCAAAUAUCCCAAUCUCUUUCUAAAAAGCAUACAAAUAGGGAGCCAAAUCUUGACGAUCCUGGUGAAGAAGAGUCUUGUUCAUCACCAAAACCAAAAAUAACGUUGACUUGUUCAUCUGUUCAAAAUACCCUUUCUGAACUACGUUUACAUAAGAACUGUAUGUCGGGAAAUUCUCCCAUUAAAAAACAAGGGUUAAUUUCAAACAAACAGGCAAUUUCUACCACCUUAAAUGGAAAUAUAAUUCGAUCAUGCAUUGCAGAAAAUUCAUAUACUGAUUCAAGCGACCCGCAAUACCUGAAAUCUUAUCAAGAUCACAACAAUUAUUUGAAAGACGAUUACUCCCAAACACAAAAAAGAUCUACAGACAAUAUUAACAGUCUUACACAACAUGCAGAAAUAGAAUCUUCGCUGAUAACUGUAAACUCUGAAAUCUUUAAUGAUUCUUUGAAUACAGAAGAUAGUGAAAAAGUAAGCAUUAAAUCUUCUUCUCUUGAAGACUUAACAAACGUCGAAGGAGCUUUGACUCAAUCUUCCAUUCUGCUAAAACGUGCCAUCUCCCUAGAUCUUAAUCAACAACCAAGAAGUCAGAGUACCAUUCCUAAUCAAAAUAAAAUUUACAAUAACCCCAAGCUUGAUUCAAAUAACAUUAAAGAUAAUGCUUUUUUACAAAACAUUACAACCACAAAUGAUUCACAAAAUGUGGUGACACUAGAACAAAACUGUAGUGUUAGUUCAACAAGCCAUACAGACAAUAUUAGUGUUUCUGCAACAAUGAAUCAAACAACUUUUACCCAAGUAGAAACAUCAAUGCCACGUCAUGAAAAUUGUUGUAAAGCAUUUGAACUGGAUCAAAAAAGUGAUAAAGGGAAUAAUUUAAGCACUAAAGAAGUAUCUCACGGUUUGAUAAAUUCAACGGCACAUCUUUUAGCUGUUACUAGCGGAAUAACGUCAAACACUUUACGUUGUAAAGGUGAUCGCACUAAAGGAAUAGAUUCUGGUGCUGAAUUACACAUAGACAAAAGCCAAGUAACUUUAGAUAAAAGAUCUUCAUACGUCAGUAAUCAGGUUUUUAAUCCAAGUUAUCCUAAUGAUAAGGAAAACAAAAAUGUUUUAGGAGUCUCCCAGUUAACUUUAAUUCAACAAUCACAACAUGCCCAAAGAAGCUUUACACCAGUUUCUGUUGAUAUUCCCGUUAUUCCUCCUGUUAUUCGUCACGAUCGUAGACAAGCUCCUCCUUGUGGGUCUCUUAUCAGUACCAUAGCUCCAUUAUCUCACAGAAAAGAAGUCUUUGAGAUCAGCAAAGACGAACUUGACGACGUCAUGAUCUCUCACCAAGAGUUCGUAAUAAAUCAGACACAAAAACUCGGGAACAAACAGUGAUUUGAAUUGGAAACUAUUAUACAAGAUGGUAAAAGAUAAUCAAUUGUAGCUGAUGAAAACCAAAAUUACGAAGAAAAAAAUCAAACCGAAAUUAUGAAGGCUCGGAGGAAUGGUGUUCUGAGCAACAUCACAGAUCAGAUGUUUCAGAUUAUAUUGCAAAAGCAGUAGAUGAAAGAAUCACUAAAACACAAUUGUUUCUGAACUUGGAACGUCCGAAUAUAUUCCAGCUCAAGUCCCUGUAUAGAACCACCUACCUAGAUUUUGAUGUCUCCCCUAAUUCAUUUAUAUUUUUAGUGCUGCAAAAGGUAAUACUACAACUGCUUUCUUAGUGUUUUAUAUUUUAAUAACGAAAAGUUUGUAAUUGCCAAAUAAAUAUAACCUCUUUGAUUUUUUUGCAAGAAUAAGUUAAAAUAGCUGAGUGCUUGUUAAAUAGCCUUUAAAACCUUACUUCUGGUUGGGAUUCUUGACAGUUGUAAUGUGUAGCAUUACACAAGAUUAGUAAAAACUGUUAAUUUUAACAAGGGGGGAACAGGAAUUGUCAAAAAGUGCAGAAACAAGUUGAAUCAAAAUGCAAAGAUUAUAUUUUCAAGCGUACAACUAAGGACUCUAGAAAAAAGUAAACAAACAAGGCAGGAAAUUUGUUUACAUUAUUUUCUCAAGCUCCAAGUCCCUAUUUUUACUCUAUCUCUACAGUACUUAUCAAUUUUGGAUUUCAGAAAACAGAAUCAACACUGUCGUCUGAGUAGGAAAAUCUACUGUAGUAAUCGUCCAGUGUUAAAAGUUACUAAAAUAUACUCGCGGAAAUCCACGUAGAGACAGCAAACUCGAAUAAUGGUGAACAAUAGUGUCUCGAGUAACGACAUGCAACAGGAAAAUCGGGAACCUUUCACGUGGCGGUUUCCAAUUAAUGCGCUAGAAAUUAAACAAGUUGUAGUUUCCAACUAACGUGAACGCUAGGAAAACAUGGGAUUUUCUGAUGGCAGAAAGUGAAGGACUUAGAAAAUUUCGCAGCAUGACAAAAUAAAGGAGAUCGAAUUUAGUUUAAAACUACUCUCUUAGUUUUCUUGCAAAGUUCCUAUGCGAUCCCUCACUACAAUACAUAGCUUGAAAUAAUUUUAUAGUCAAGUCAUAAUAGGGAUUUGUAGCUUGGGCAAACCGUCAGCAGUAGAUAUCUAGCAUUGUUUGUUUGUAGAUUUUAGAUUCUCAAUUUUUAAUUAUCUUUUAUGUUGUAUUUUUUAAAACACAGCAAUAGGCAAAUGUAUGCCUAGAGUAAGACACAACCCUCCCUAAGCACGUAUAACAUUUUACCAGUAGAAAACAAUCUUUUCAAAUAAAACCAGUACGUCUAAAACAUCGCUUUAACUAUAGCUACGUGUCUUUUAAAGUAAUUAUUUACUGAGCCAGUUGGCUUUGUGCCUGAGAUUUCGUGUAAAGACGCGUUGAACACGCGUCGAGUACAAAGCGGCCGCUCAGAACAACAUCACAUCUAUUAUGUAUUUAUAACCAUGUAAAUCAACUUUCAACGAAAAAUAAUCAACUUUUUAAAAGGUCAUGGACAUUCGCAGCGCUUUAUAUAGUAUUUUUGUUUAGGUUUUGGUGCAAA